UUCAACUUGCUAUCAUAUACGUGUAUAGCAAUACACGUUUAUACGUACAUACGGCUAACCAUAUGCAUUCACUAUAGCAAAGGCAUCGUUCUUUCUAUCGCUCAUUCCAAAUGUGGAUGUCAUGCGGCAUGUAACAUGCGACGUCUGUGGAAACUGGCAAUAAGUGAAAUUUAUUUUUAAAUAUUAUCAAGUUUGUAUCCGUUUUACUGGGGUUGUAACUAUCAAAUGUGUAACAUUAGUGCUAUUUUUAUAGAUAGUUGGCAAAAAAAAAAAAAGUCUAUAUUUAGUCGUAAAUUAUUUUUUUAUAAUGUAAUUAUUAAUAUUAUUGUGUUUAGUUUUGAAUUUCAAAAAAUAGCGGUAUGGAUUGUUAGUCUAACUAUUCUAUCGAUAGUUAAAAAUCUCUGAUUUCCAUCGCUACAAAAUUUUAUGACUGAUUUCACAAGAUUUGAUUGGCCCCAUCUUUUCAAUGAUUCAUAAAAGACGCCAGAAAAAACAAAUACAUAACAAUAAAGUUUGUUCAAAAAAUUGACGUGAAAGUGUAAAAACAGAAGAUUCAAGUUGAUACAAAAAAAAAAAAAAAAAAAAACUUUACAAAAACAAAUUGUUUAUUUUUGUCAAUUAUAUUUUUUUUGAUUCAUUCAUCUUCCAUUUUCACGUAUGAUAAUUGACGUUUUGAAAGAUAUAUUUCUACUGUAAAAAAAAUAUUUUCUUUAGUUUUUAUAAAAAGAAGAAAGAAUAAUUUUUUUGGUUUUUGUGUAAUAAUUAUUGUGUGACUUAUAUGAUAUUAUUACUUAUGUAGAUGAUAUUAUUCAAAAUCUAAUGGUGAUCGAAGUGUAUUGAAAAAAGUGAAUAAAUUUAAGAUGCCAACUAUGGGUGUAGCCGUUUAUUGUAAUCGUGCUAACGUAAAUCAUGGUGAUCAAGAACAGUUAAUGUCGCUGAGGACAUUACAGGAUAACAAAUCAAAUAUAUUAAGAAAUCAAACACAUUCGAUAAUCCAAAAAGGGAUUAAGAAUAUAUCGAAUCCUAAUAAAAUCAACAAUAACAUUAACAUUAAGUAUCAUAAUAAUGUUGCUAUAGUAACUUCAUAUGAUCGAUCGAGAUUGAAUAAACAUGUUAAAAAUGGACAUCCACCACCAGUUGCAGUAGCAAGAAGAAAUGCUAGAGAACGAAAUAGAGUUAAACAGGUUAAUAAUGGAUUUGCAACACUUAGACAACAUAUACCAAGUCAUAUCGCCGCUGGUUAUGGCGAUAGAGGUAAAAAAUUAUCAAAAGUUGAAACAUUGCGAAUGGCCGUUGAAUAUAUACGGGGAUUACAGAAACUAUUAUCUGAAACCGAUGGUGUUGAGUAUAAAUCGAAUUCAAGUACGAGACACAAUGCAUUAUCACCAACAAGUAGCAUGGUUUCAUCUAGUAACAUUGAAUCUGGUGAAAUAUUCGCUGAGGAUCAUCGUAGUAAUGAUGAUAAUGAUGCAAAAAAUUUGGAUGAUCAUGAGGAUAAUGAAAUCAAACGUUCUAGUCUAGUAAUUCGCUGGUCACCAAACCUUGACUAUAAUUCAACAUCAUUAAAACAUUACUACAAUCGCUUGGGAGGAAAUGAAGAGAAUUUAGUACCAAAAACACACCAGCUUAUGAAUGUGAAUCUAAUUCUUUCGAGACUAUCUCCAACAUCAUUGUCAUUAUCGCAAAAUAGAUACUAUGGUUACAAUAAUGAAGAAAACUUAAAGCCCCGAAUAUUAUCUCCAUUUAGCGGAGAUGGCGAUAAGGAAGAGGGUGAAACAGUUUUUGCAGUUAGCCCUGAGGCAUUUUCGGGUGCUUUGUAUUACAAACAGGAGAUUACCGAGACUGGAGAGUUUAUGGAUGUUGUUGCAUGGUGCGAACAGGAACAGGGAAGACUGGUACAUCAUACACAACCGCAUGCCCAACGGCUUGCGCACGCUUGAUGCGCCACUAAAAAACCGAUGGUCUUUUUCAACAAUGUAUUCAAACUAUAACUGGGAUUCAUCACAUUAAGGAAAUUCAUCAGCCAUCGAAAGCACAUGUCUUGAGUAAUUAGUUUAGGCUAAUUCCAUCGGGCAUAGUUAUGUGCCUUAAAAUUAAACUUGUAUUAUUAUACAUCUAUAUGAUUUCCUAUUUUUAUAAGUAAUUAUAUAUUUAUACACUUAAUCAUUAUAGAUACAGCGGAAAAAUUCAAUCGAGGGUUCAGUAUAUUUGUAUAUUUAUGAAUGAACGGAGAUGAAUUUUGAGUAAAAAUUGCAGUCUAGGUUGGGUAAAAAUUCUUGGUGACACACAAGUUGUAAGAAUAAUGUAGUGUAUAAUUUUUAGUAUGAUAAGUUAAAUCUCUCCGCAACCUAUCAAAAUUAUUGUUACAAAUUUUAUUCGAAACAGGUUACUCAGAAUGUUUUUUUUCUAUUUCUCAAUUGAUUUCCGAAGUAUGAGUGUUUGAAUAAAAAAAAACAAAAUUCUUUUGUUUUUUGUAAAUUAUUUUUAGUUUUUGAACAAUAAUAUUGUCAUGUUGAAAUAUAUAUGCGGCAUUCUUUUUUUUUUUUUUCUUUUUUUUUUUUAUUGUCUGUUUUCUAAUCUCUAGUUUUUUUUUUUAUUAAACGAUUUUAAAAAACUAAAAAAAAAAAAAAAAAAGUUCAGUGAAUCUAGUAAAAUAUAUACAUUCAAGAGUCGGUAAUUUUAGUUCCACUAAAUUGUGUCCUAAAACUAUACCAAAAUGAAUUACGGAUAUAUAGUAGUAAAUUUUAUAACUUAAUAUAGGAUAUUAUCACCGAUUAAAAUUUUACUAAAGCCUUCAGUAAGACAACUGAAAAUUCAGAAUGGAAAAAAAUAUUGAUAUUUAUGUAUAAAAAUAGGUCCGAGAAUGUAAUCAACUCUUUUUACUUAUACACUUCAAUAAUUUUUAAUCAAAAUUUUGCUGCGUGUAGGUAUACUGACAUGCAUGUUAUUUUGUCAAAAAGUCAAAAAGUCUGGAUCUCUAAGAAAAUUUUUCUUGAUGUAUAAUACAAAUCAUCAUUUUUUUCAAGACAAGUAUAUUUAUUGAAUAAGGAAUAAUAAUAUUGAUUUAACUCCUCCAAUUGUUUUAAAUGGAGGAUAUGAUUGUUAUAAAAUAAAUCUUUUACGUAGGCGAAGCCUAUAGUAUUGAAUUCAUACACGUUUUUUUUAAAAUGAUCAUAUCUUGUAAAGUAAUAAAGUUAGAAGAAUCGUAUUAAGACCAAAUUAUUUGUCUAUGAAAAUACUAGAACCGGGGACUUACUAAAAGUAAUUUCAAUUGUUAGUUAAUUUGUUAUUAACAAAAAACGACCACCGUAUAAUUUUCAAAGUCAAAUAAUAAGAAAACUAAGAACAAAUCAUGGAUGCGAUUUUUUGCCAGGAUAUUAAGAAUGACGGAAUUUAUAAUAAUCGAGUUGAAAAUUGUUUUUAAUGUCGUUGGAAGAUUGUUAAUAAUCAAAAAAACAAAAUUGCUGUUUUUAUAUAUUUUGCAUAACUCUUUAAAAUUUUAACUUACAAGCUUUGUUUAUAGCUCAAAUUAAUUGUCUUUUCGAUACCGAGAGCCACCCUCUCUUGAUAAAAUUUGCUCUGAUCAUUUGUUAAUUAGAUAUCAGCAAUUGUUUAUAACAAUCACUAUCAUAUCCUCUAUGUUACAGUUGAAAAAUAGUAACGAAGGAGUGAUUUUAGCGAUUUUUAUCAAGACAGGGUGGCUCUCAGAAAUUUCAUAUUAAAUUUUUUGAGCUUAAUAAAACUUUUUUAUGUUAAUUUGUUCAAAAGUUAUCCAAAAUAUAAACGAUUACCGAUUUUUAUUUUAAACAUUUUUUCUUCAAAAAAGAGUUUAAAGCGCAUGCGUAAAACUUUCUUUGCUGUGGUUACAAUUUGCUUGAUCGAUAAAAUAGUUAUUUAAAUUAUCAUGUUAUUGAAAAUAAAAAAAAAAACUACCAUGGACAAAUUUUAUAAAUAAAAGUAAUAAACAAAAUGGUUCUAAAAAAGAUUUGUUCAGUUAAAAAAAAAGUAAAUUGAACGAUUUAUUCUUUUUAUAUUUGUAUUGAUUUCUUUUUUGAACGAAUCUAAUAAAAUUAUUAAUUACAAGUGGUAUAACCUCAAAUUUUUUUCAUCUGUAUUUUGAUUUAUGUACAUAAUUUGACAGGUGAAAAACAGCGCGAAAAAAACAAAAAAUAUUUAAUCAUAUAAUUUAAAAUUAUUAAUAAAAAAAAAACUAAAAUGAAUUUGGAAUAAUCAAGAGGAACCACACGGGCUUUCGCCGGAGUCUUGAAAAUUUUCAAUUUUCAAUAGAACGAAUCCGUUACUAAACAUUUUUUUCACUUUAUUUGAUGUUUCUAAUACUCGAAUCGAGAUUUAUUUCUUUUUCCAACCAAACUGUUUUUUAUUUUUUUCAAAUGUUUUUAUUUCCUAGACAAAAAUUUCUAUUUAACAGAAUUUUUUGUCUUAAUUUUAACAAAAAAUUUUAACAGUAUGGGGUAUUAAGUAGUAAAGUAUAUUAUAUAUAUAUAGGAUUGAAAUUUAGCAUGACAUGUUUAUUCAUAUAUUUUUUUGAUGUUAUGUAAUUGCUUUUUUCGAAUAUCAAUUCAGCGUGAUAUUGCUAAUAUCCAAAGAAAAUCUUUAUUUGUUUAAUCCAGUGCAGAAAGUUUACUGACCCAAUAGAAGCUGUUAGUAAGGUUUUUCUGUUCUUUGAGAGGGUCGAUAUCCAGAUGAUCAGAGUUAGUUCCAUGCCGGGGGUUGUUUGCGACAUGCAACGUCACUUCCUUUCAAUAAGUGUUUCCGGUGAUAAAAGGUCUAGGUCAAUCAGACCAUGCAGUCUUCUAUCUCGUAUUUCUAAACCAGUGAAAAAUAAUGUUAUUCAUUCAGAAUAGGAGUUUGAUAAAUUCCAUUUUUUACGUCGAAAAUAUUUUCUGGAAGAAUAUUUUUAAUAACUUUUUCGCAUCUAGGCAUUGUUUGUGAUUUAGCCAGAGUAUUUAAACUUCAGCUAUAACUGGUUGACUAGCAUGUUGACCGGAUACUCAUACGUCAAUCCCUGAAUAAAUAAAUUCGGAAUUCAAAUUGAAUUGCACAUUACUAACCCCAUUAUACUGUCAAAUCACACAUGACUAAAUUUUCCGUUGCAUUUACACUAAAAACAUUAUUCCACUGUUGUUAUCAAUUUUUUUUUGUUAUUUAUUUAUAAAUUAAAAAGUAUACUGGAAUUCAUCAUGAUUGUUGUAUUUUUAGUAUCGCAUCUGAUUAAAUUAAUAAACUUCAAUUCAACGAAACAAAUUAACUUCAAAAAUAAAUUCAAUGAAAAACAAAUAAUCGAUAAGUUUUCUGUGCACAGGUUUACGGGUCCAAGUUCUCAGUACCUUCAGUCUGUUUUUGAAAUAACUUUAAGUAUUUUGAAAUAAGUUAAGCUGAAUGAUAAGAAAGUAAUAAAAUACCUCAGUUAACAAGAUACACUCAAUAGGUCAUUGUGAUAGGUAUCUAUAAAAUAUUGUGACGUUUGUUGUUGAUGCAUUAAAUAAAAAUAAAACCAAUAACAUUUUUUAUUAUCGACGCCGAUACGCAUUAUAUGAAAUAUAUUUUUUAGCACAUAUACACUAUAAUUAUAAUAUCUAAUUGUCAUUCGCUAAAGUGAUUAUGAAUA